GAUGGUUCAGCGAUUCACUUAUUGUCAUGCCUCUAUCUUAUCUCUACAGAUGGUUCAGCGAUUCACUUAUUGUCAUGUCUCUAUCUUAUCUCUACAGAUGAUGGUUCAGCGAUUCACUUAAAGUCAUGUCUCUAUUUUAUCUCUACAGAUGGUUCAGCGAUUCACUUAAAGUCAUGUCUCUAUUUUAUCUCUACAGAUGGUUCAGCGAUUCACUUACUGUCAUGCCUCUAUCUUUUCUCUACAGAUGUUUCAGCGAUUCACUUAUAG